CGGUCUCACUGUCAUUUAACACUUUCUCUCUCUCUCUCAUCGAUCUUCUCACUUCUUUUCAUUCUCUCUUUCUCUCUCUAGAUCACUAUAGAAGAAUAAAUCAAAUCAAAUUAAGCGUUAAUAGUACUUUUCAUUUUUCAUCUUUUUCUUCUUCCUUCGUUCAUUCACCUCUGCACAGAUCAGAUGGAGGGCUCUGGCAAUUCUGCUGUAAGUUCUGACCAAGAGAGUUCAUUGGUGACUCCAUACUAUACUCCACAUCAGAAGCUGGCAUUGCAUAAUUCUGGCCUUCAACCUGUCAAUUUGGACUUGUCUCCUAGCUCAGAAGGUGGUAGCUCUGUUGCUUCUGUGAAGGAGGGCUCUGGAUCACUUUCCUCAUCAUCCUCGGAUUCAGAACCCGAAUCUUUUAUUCAGUCUGCUAUUCAUUACGAUGGCACGCCAGUUAAUACUGAUGACGAACAAUUGAAAGACGACCUUCCUGAUAUGGAAAGACAAAGCCGGUUUAUUGGAGAGGGGGAAAAUAUAAGUCAUGAUGAGUUGCUCAAGAAGUUCAUUAAAAAUGAGGAAGAACUGAGAGUUGCCAAUUUCAAACUUUCACUUUCAGAAGAAGAGAUUAUCAAGCUGAAGAUCCAAAUUGAGAAAAGUGAGGGUCAGCUUGAUAAUGUGCUUAAGGAAUUAAAAAUGAGUAAGGAUGAACUUGAAUAUGAAAAAGAACAGGUACUGGAGUUACGAAAACAAACAGCUGAGUUGGAGACUCAUGUUCCAGAUUGUUGUUACAAGAUUGCAAAUUUAAUGGAACAAUUGGAGGUAGCUAAUGAACAGCUGAAAAUAUCAAAUGAUGAAAUUUCAAAAUUAAGAAAUGAACUUGGGAGUAGGUCAUCUGAGACUCAUCAAUUGCAAGGCCAGCUUGAAGUGGCACAGGAAAAUGUGGCGAAAUUAGAAAGCCAGCUUGAUUCAGGGAGAAAGCAGAUUCUAGAGUUAGAAGACGGGAUUACUCGGUUUAAAGCUAAUGAAACUAACCUUGAACUUGAGGUGCAAGGAAUGAAGGCUGAAAUGCUUGAUGUGCAGACACAAUUCUCUUUGAAGAAAGAUCAAAUGCAUUCUGAUAUUCUGAGCUUGUCAGAAAUGAAAAUGCAGUUGAGCUCUAAACUGGAGGAAUCUGAGUCUAGAAACCAUUUAUUAGAAAAUAAAUUAAAGCAACUUGAAGCUGAAAAUUUGAAGCAAGAAGAACUGUAUGCUGCACAACAAGUAGUUUUGGAAAGCGAAAUCAGUUCAUUGAAGGAAGAACUCCGUCAGAGAAGACAUGAUGUGGAAGCUGUGAAUAAGGAAUUUGAUAGGCAUAAGCAGAACUUUGAUAUGCUCAUGACUGAAAAGGAUGAAGCCAAUGCAAAGAUGGAUGAACUUAAGGCCGAAAUAAGCUUCCGAGACGAUCAAAUAGUAAAUCUGGAGAGAGAGCUUUUCCAGCUACAGACACAACUUGCUGAGUUGACCUCGAGAUCCGAAACUAGACUGAAUUUAGUAAAUGAGUUGAAACUGAAAGUGGAAGAACAUGAAAAAGAGGUGACUAGACAGAAUGUUGUGAUCUCCAAUCUUGCUGAGGAGAAGAGGGAGGCAAUCCGGCAACUGUGCUUCUCGCUUGAUCACUAUAGGAGUGGAUAUCAAGAACUUCUUCAAGCUUUUACUGGUCAUAGGCGUCAUGCUGUUAUAGUUUCCUAAAGUUACAUUCAGAUUUCUCAUCGUUGUUAAUUCUGUAUGUCGUUCUCUUAUUUCUGUUAUGCAGUUAGACAAAAUAUCGCACAUGGGUUGUGUACUAUUUCUUUUAUUUUUUGGGUGCAUAGAGUUCUUUUUUUACUUGGCAAAGUUCAGUUCACCUUUUCAGAUAAUUUUCUUAUGUUUGUUGGGACCAGGGUCCAGAAGCUAGUGAAAUUCAUAUUGACUUUGAUAAACUAGCAAUGUCAUGGUUGAUGUUUUUAAUUCACAUAGUUGAUGUUUUUUU